GUUACUUUUCUCACUCUUUCUUUGCCCCCCCUGCUAUCUUUUCCUUCUCCCCAAACACUCUUUUUUUUUUUCUUUUUUUUUUUUUCUUUUCAAGAACUUAUAAUUAUUUCUUUGUCUUCUCCUUCUUAAAAAACUUGGAUACUUUUGCCUUACAAGAAAUCCAAGUAUUUUCUUUAUUUUAAAGAACUGAAGCUCUAUUUCCCUCUUCGUUCAAGCAAACCCUUAUCUUCUUCUACCUUUUCUUUUUCUUUUUCUCUUUUAUAUCUUUUUUGUGUGUAAACCAGCCAUACAUAUUGCACUUUACUCACUGUAUCCAUUCCUAACCUAAUAGCUGCAUGAUUGAGCUAUAUCUAUAACUUCUAUUCACUUUGUUUCAAAUUUUGAGCUAAAAGAAAAAUAAAGAAUUCUUUAACCAUGAUUCUUGAACUUAGCGUCUCAUUUUAACCUAAUCAAGAAACCAAGAAACAAGAAACAAAAGAAAACAACUUUCUUGCUUCUUGUUUAUUCAUCAAGAAAUGCCACCAGAUAAUGAAGAUGGAGUUCAAUACUCCUUUGCAUUAGAGUACAACGGCCCACCAUUACCCUACGAUCUUCCACGCGCCGUUCCAAUCAACGUUAACAAAAUCCCAGUUGCUGCAGUGGUUUCUCAGCUCUCUAUCCCUGAUAAACUCUCUUUACCGGUAGUUAAACCGUUAUUACCAGCUUCUGAUCCAGGUAAAAGAAGUCCUAAUCUUUCUAAAGAACCAGGAUCUGAAGAAGCUACAACAACAGUAUCUCCAACUUCAGUAAUUGAAAGAGCUACUGAAAGUAAUCAUCAUCAAGAUUGUGGAUUGUCUGGUGAGUUAAGUAGUUCAGGUGCUUUAGAAUUUUCUACUGGUUCUGGGGUAUUGUUAAAUGGAGGUAGGAGUUCUAGUACUAUAGAGUUUUCUGAUAGUUUUGAUAAUAAAUCAAGAGAAAGUUCGUCGAGACUGAGAAUUUCUAAUGAAUUGAACCAAGAUUGGGAGUCUAAUGAGUCUGUUUUGAGUAUUGAUCAUUACCCGUCUUCGCGGGUUUCUAGUGUUAAAGAAAAUGGAGCGUGCUGUAAUGAAGUGCUUGGUGAUUAUAAAAGAACCCAAGUUGUUACUUUUGUUGAUGUUGAAUCUGAUAGUGGUGUUGGUGUUGCUGGCGUUGAUGAUGACAAUGAAGAGUUUGGUGAGGAUGAGGAAAGGUUUUCGCGGCAGGUUAAGAGAGAACCACAGAAUAAAGGAAAGAAAGGCACUUGUUAUAGAUGUUUUAAGGGGAAUAGGUUUACUGAGAAGGAAGUUUGUAUUGUUUGUGAUGCUAAGUAUUGUUCUAAUUGUGUACUUAGAGCUAUGGGGUCAAUGCCUGAAGGAAGGAAAUGUGUUAGUUGUAUCGGGUAUCCUAUUGAUGAAUCAAAAAGGGGGAGCUUGGGGAAAUGUUCGAGAAUGCUCAAGCGUUUGCUGAAUGAUUUGGAGGUUAGACAGAUAAUGAAGGCUGAGAAGUUGUGCGAGUCUAAUCAGUUGCCUCCUGAAUAUGUUUGUGUGAAUGGGAUGCCUCUUUGCCAUGAGGAGUUGGUUGUUUUGCAGACCUGUCCAAGUCCACCAAAGAAGCUGAAACCUGGAAAUUAUUGGUAUGAUAAAGUGUCUGGUCUUUGGGGAAAGGAAGGGCAGAAGCCUUCCCAAAUCAUAAGCCCUCAUUUGAAUGUUGGGGGUCCUAUUAAUGCAGAUGCUAGCAAUGGUAACACACAGGUUUACAUAAAUGGCCGGGAGAUAACAAAAGUAGAGCUCAGGAUGUUGCAGCUGGCAGGAGUUCAGUGUGCUGGCAACCCACAUUUUUGGGUCAAUGAGGAUGGGUCAUAUCAAGAAGAGGGGCAGAAGAAUACUAAAGGUUACAUUUGGGGCAAGGCGGGAAUGAAGCUUGUAUGCACGUUCUUAUCACUCCCAGUUCCUUCUAAAUCUUCAAAUUCUUUGGGAGAACAAGUUAACAGCGGAGUUAGCAGAAGUGUUCCGGACUACCUUGAGCAGAGAACGCUUCUGAAAAUUCUUUUAGUUGGAUACAAUGGCUCUGGGACAAGUACUAUAUUUAAGCAGGCCAAGAUUCUUUAUAAACCUGUUCCUUUCACAGAGGAUGAACGUGAAAACAUUAAACUGACAAUUCAGAGCAACGUGUAUGGAUAUCUUGGCAUACUCCUUGAGGGACGUGACCGGUUUGAAGAAGAAAGUUUGGCUGUAAUAAAGAAAGAGCAUUCUUCUGAUGAAAUUGACCCAAGUGGAAGUACCAGUAGCAUAAAUGGCACAACAAUCUAUUCUAUUGGACCAAGGCUUAAAGCAUUCUCAGAUUGGCUUCUAAAGAUUAUGGUGUCGGGAAAUUUGGAGGUAAUAUUCCCAGCUGCCACUCGGGAAUAUGCACCAUUGGUCGAAGAACUAUGGAGGGAUCCAGCCAUUCAGGCCACAUACAACCGGAAAAGUGAAUUAGAAAUGCUACCUAGUGUUGCUAGUUAUUUCUUAGAAAGGGCAGCCGACAUACUGAGACCAGACUAUGAACCCUCAGAUUUGGAUAUCCUAUAUGCCGAAGGUGUUACUUCUUCGAAUGGGCUUGCUUGUUUGGAAUUUUCAUAUCCCCUGUCAGCACCUGAUGAUAAAUUUGACUCAGAUGAUCAACAUGAUUCUCUGCUUAGGUACCAACUGAUUAGUGUGCAUGCACGCGGUUUUGGAGAGAACUGCAAGUGGCUUGAGAUGUUUGAAGAUGUUGGAAUGGUCAUUUUCUGUGUUGCAUUAAGCGAUUAUGACCAGUAUGCAAUUGAUGGCAAUGGGUGUUCUACUAACAAGAUGUUGCUGAGCAGGAGGUUCUUUGAGAGCAUUGUUACUCAUCCCACCUUUGAUCAGAUGGAUUUUCUUUUGAUACUAAACAAAUUUGAUCUGUUUGAGGAAAAAGUAGAACGAGUAUCAUUGACUCAUUGCGAGUGGUUUGAUGAUUUCCAUCCUGUGGUCAGCCAUCAUAGAUCAAACAGCAACAGCAAUAGCAUCAAUAGCAGUCCUUCACUUGGUCAGCUGGGUUUCCACUACAUAGCUGUCAAGUUCAAGAAGCUCUAUGCUUCACUAACGGGAAAGAAGUUGUAUGUCUCUAUGGUUAAGGGUUUGGAGCCUGAUAGUGUUGAUGCAUCUCUUAAAUAUGCAAGGGAGAUUUUGAAGUGGGAUGAAGAAAGGCAUAACUUCAGCCUGAGCGAGUAUUCAUUUUAUAGUACUGAAGCAAGCUCCUAUUCCCCUUAAAUUGGCUAGUCAAGGAAGCCUUGUACAUGGGUCCUGCCUCCUGCAACACUUCAUUGCCAUCUAGUGUACAUAAACGGCCUGUAAAUUAACUAGUGAACACGCUUCUCUUCCAUAAGCCAUUGCAGUUGUAAGACCAAUAUCUCAAGGUAUCCUUCCAAUGUCAUGCUGCUAUAAUUUGUUCCUUAGAUUUCCAGCACACAGUUAGGACUACACAUUAGCUUUCCUUGUUAUACGGUAAAGGAAUCACUCCAUACUGUGUUCUUGUGCUUUUUGCUCCCCCCUACCAUGUGUGUAGUUAUUCUAUCUUUGAAAUGGUAUUCAAAUAUUCAUUUGUAAUAUAAGAGAUUAUGUUUAUGAUCUAUUGACAAGUAGAAUACUGUA